CAAACAUGGCCGUAUGGCUGUAUGGCUGUAUGGCUGUACGGACGUAAUUAUGGCUGUAGGAGGAUUGACAAGUCGCCUGCCAACGCCAUGCAGGUCCCGUAACGCGAAUGCUGCUAUGGCUAACACCGUAUGCUCAUUCAUGUCCGCUGGUCAGCCGGAUACGCAUCGCCGUACUACACACCCAGUCAGCAUCAGCAUCAGCAUCAUCAAUCAUCAAAGAUAUGGCCUAACGGGUCGAGUGCUGCUGAGUCAAUCUCGCGCUCUCAGCUGGGGAUGAGCGGAGCUGGCCACAAAGGUACAGCCACCACGGUAGUAUACUGGUCUGAACAUCUCUCGGGAGCAUCUGACAAGCAUCUCUAUUCCAUUCAGACAGAGGACAAUGAUGAGCCUCCUGUUGAAGCCGUGACUGUACUGUUGAGGCCGUUGACUUGUUCAUUCUGCUCGAGCUGUGAGAGCGAGCCGCUUCGAUUGCUCGUGAGCAAGUACAGCAGUGUGGACGAGGCGAACGAUAGCAAGCAGGUCUGUUGUAUACAUCAUAUACAUAUGUAUAUCCAUCCUGGUCAGCGUGGUGCUUGGGUGGGUGGUUAGUGUAUUAGUGGGUAGGUCGAGUGCCCAAUAAUGAAAUCUGUGGGCGGUUUUG